GUGACAAUGACGAGCACUUUCAUACUACUCGUCUACUCAUGCUUUAUUGCCGUGUGUGUGGCAUUCACCCACACUGUAGACAAUAUCACAACUUCGUAUACUGUACCCAAGACAACGGCACCGCCUAACCUACACAACACAACGACACCCCCAAGCUCUACAGAACCAUGUACGGAAACUACAACAGAGUAUUACAUGCCACCGUACUCGCAAAUCGUAGAGACUGUCACGGAAACAGCAGUACUCACCGUACUGAUGCAUGUCACUCCCUUUCCAAACGGUACUACAGCCACCCGUUUUGAAACUCUUAGUGAUAAGGCCAUGACAACAAGCGACGAGGUGAUGGUGGCUUCUUCAAUCGAUGAAUCCACAACCACUGCAUCCACAACCGAAGAUCAGUACAGAGUCUCUAAUAGCUCCACAACGUAUCCUACACUUUCAAAACCAUAUCCCACAUCUACAGAACCAUAUCCAGGAUCGGAUUUUACGACAGAGUCUUGCUCAUUCACAUCAACCUCCACCAUUACUCUGCUUCCAUACGUUCCUCCAACAUCUCAGGUCGUAACCGCGACAGCAAUCACAGUCUCAACUCUCUUCGACUAUGACUACCUUACUCCACAUAAUCCCAUCAUAGAUCCCACACCAACAGCCACGCCAAAUCCAGGUUUGAACUCCCCACCAGGCCCUUCAAAUACCGGACAAUCGUUCAAGCCUGCACCUCCAUCAAACAAUCCACCAGGCACCACGAAAGAUAGCCCAGCCCAGCCUGGACCUUCGCACGUACAGCCUGUAAAUCCACCGCCACAGCCCCAGGAGCCCCCUGAAGUUAAGCCAGUAGACCCGACAGUUUCUAAAGCAGUCGUGAGACCACCCAUUACCGGUGUGCCAGGGCCCAAACCUACCAAUGAUGCCACACCCCCACCGAUUGUCACAUUACCAGGAGCCGGUCCUAUCGUAAUUGACCCGUCACGGUCUGAAAUCAUAAUCAGUGGGACCACGACUAGAUUCAAUCCAGGUCAACAAACGACUAUCAACGACGUGCCAAUUUCCUUUGAUAGCUCCGCCGGGUUCGUGGUGGUUGAUGGUACUAAAACAAUCGGGCUGCCGCCACCAAUGACCCCAGCACCCAUCGCAGCACCCGUUGUUAUCGGCGGUACAACUGUGGAUAUUAGUGAUAUAGUGCCGGUACUGCAGCCUGGGCAGGUUACCACCAUCGGUACCAAUACUAUUUCCCUCGACGAAUCUAGCUCUUUUCUCAUAGUAGAUGGCACGCGGUCUAUCCCGCUAAACCAGCAGACAUCAAUUCCCAGUACUUCCACAAUCGACAUCAACGGAGUACCAAUACCUGUGGGACAGCUCGCCACAGAGCUAGACAUUGGCGAAACAACCGUCAUCGGAAGCGUAACUAUUUCGCGCGACAAUACCGGCCUGGUCGUUGGCACUACUACAAUUCCACUCCCGACGAAAACAGACGAGAUAAUCGUCGGAGGCACGACUAUAUCGCCUGACGCACUCCCAUCUGGAUUUUCCUUCAUACCAACCGCAUCUGGUGGCGGCCUGCUACUUCCCAAUGGCGACACACUAUUACCAGGUGGAGAGACGACGAUCGGUGGUAUGGAGAUUUCGCUUCUGCCUGGAGAGACACCCAUUGCAGUCAUCGAGGACUCGAUAUCCAUUACAGCGACCGAGGCUGCCGAGAGUACUACUGGAGGAUCUGCCAGCAGUAGUGUAACACGUGGUCAACCAAGCAGGACUUUGAGCAGCUCAACCGGAGAAAAUACCGCAGCUUCCUCAGCAGAUGUAUUGCUGAGUGGGAAGUGGUCCGACUUUGUCUUUGGGAGCGUGUUUGUUGGCGUUUUCAUUCAUUGGGCUUGA